AUGACCAACUCGCAAGCCAACCAAAUCACCUGCGGUUGCAGUAUCAGGGCGCAACCACCCGAAGUUGACUCAACGCACCCUUUAGAUCCAUUGUCAGCUGCCGAAAUCUCAGCCACAGCAGCCCUCAUCCGCGCCUCCGCCCAGACAGUGCUCAAGUUCAAUAGCAUCACGCUCCUCGAACCACCGAAAGCUGAAUAUGUCGCUUUCCGUGACUUUGGCGGACCGCGUCCAACCCGGCGUUCUUUGUCUAUUAUCAUCUCCCGUGCCACGCAGCAUGUAUCAGAAGCCAUUGUCAAUCUAGAUACGCACAGAAUUGAUUCUUGGAAGAACCUUAAGGACGUCAUGCCUAUUUUAACCCUGGAAGAUCUGGACGUAAUCGAACGAAUCGCCAGAGUUCACCCGAAAGUCAUAGAGGCAUGCAGAGGCCUAGGAAUUACGGAUAUGUCGAAAGUUUUCUUUGACGGAUGGGCGAUUGGGGUAGAUGAGCGCUGGGGUUUCGAGAGGAGGCUUCAGCAGGCGCUUCCGUACUAUCGUGCAUCACCGUCGGACAAUCAAUACGCCCACCCGCUGGACUUUAUCGUUAUUGCAGAUACAGAGCGCGAAGAGGUUCUUUCAGUGGAUAUCCGGACCGUCAAUGGCGAGCGCACUCCUAUUUCCAUGGAAGGACACAACUAUCUCCCGGAGUUAGUGGAUCGGAACAUCUAUCAGCACAACCUCCUCAAGCCGAUUCACAUUACCCAGCCUCAAGGGGUUUCUUUCACCAUGCGCGGAAGGGAAAUCCAAUGGGCCAACUUGAAGAUGCAUAUUGGCUUCAACUACCGGGAGGGCCUGGUCCUGUCUGACAUCCGUAUGCGGGAUCCGCACGAGGCGCAUGGAAAUGGCGGCAACUACCGCAGCAUAUUCAACAGACUAAGCGUUGUCGAAAUGUUCGUCCCAUAUGGGUCGCCCAAAACACCACAUCAUAAGAAACAUGCAUUCGACAUCGGAGAAUAUGGCGCAGGCUUCAUGACCAAUUCUCUCAAACUCGGCUGUGACUGCAAAGGCGCGAUUCACUAUUUAGACGCCGUCCUGAAUUCGGGCAACGGUGCACCGCUCCUCAUCGAAAAUGCGGUGUGUAUCCACGAGGAGGAUAACGGGAUUUUGUACAAACAUACCGAUUUCCGUGAUGGUCGCGUUGUUUCAGCACGCGAUCGAAAGUUGGUCAUUUCACAGAUCCUGACUGCGGCAAACUACGAGUAUGCCUUCUAUCACACAUUUACUCUAGAUGGCACAUACAAGCUCGAAGUCAAAUUGACAGGCAUGUUGAAUACGUACUGCCUCCACCCAAGCGAAGAAUCGGCUCCCUAUGGCACGGAGGUGGCGAAUCGGCUUGAUGCCCAAAAUCAUCAACAUAUUUUCUCCCUGCGCGUCGACCCAGAGAUUAAUGGUCCAAAUAAUAGUGUCAUGCAAAACGAUGCAGUUGCUGCUGGUGUUCCAACUGAUCAAAACCCAUAUGGUAACGGAUUCGUUGCUAAGAAGACCCUAUUUAAAACAUCCACCGAUGGCGCGGCCAGCUAUUGCCACGAGACCUCCCGAACCUGGGACAUUAUCAAUCCCAGCAAGAUCAGCCCAAUCUCCAAGAAACCGGUUGGGUAUAAAAUCGUGAACACGCAGUGUCCAGCACUCCUAGCGAGGCCAGAUAGUAUCUUCGCUAAAAGAGGCGCAUUCGCCCAAAAGGCCCUCUGGGUGCUUCCCUAUCGAGACUAUGAACUCUUUCCCGCGGGGGAUUACGUGUGUCAGUCCAGUGGACAGCAUCAUCCCGACAACCUCACAAUUACCGACUGGGUUGCGCGCAACGAGUCGAUUGACAAUACCGAUAUCGUCUGCUAUGUCCAAUUUGGGCUUACGCAUUUCCCGCGCAUGGAGGACUUUCCCAUUAUGCCGGCUGAGCCAGUCAGUGUGAUGAUACGGGCAUCGAAUUUCUUUGAAAAGAAUCCUGCGCUCUGGGUGCCGCCUUCUGAGCUUGCCCGGGAUGCUUCUUCAGCCGAAGCUUUUGAUGGCAAAACGGGGCACGCUGAUCAGACUGCGAAUUCUUUGUUGCCAAAGCUGUAA